AUGUCCGCUAACGAUAUAUUGGACGUCUUGAAUGUUCAAAGAGAUGAAGAAAGACAACCAGUAAAAAAGAAAAAGAAAGUUAGUGAACAGCCGAGUGCCAGGCAGUCCGGUAUGGCUAGGGAGCUAUAUAAUUUGAUAGGACCCAACACGCCGCCUAUUCAUCUUUCGAAUCCAUCUCAAAACUCAGCGAAAGAUAGGUUCAAGGUUCGGACAACACCUUGGAGUCGAAUUGAAUUUUCGCCUAUUUCUGAGAAUUCUGAUAGACCUCAAGUCAAAUUCAAACAUUGGGUGAGAGGUUCUAAACAAUUACUAGAGCAAGAAUUACAAGGAAAACCUUACGCUUUCGAAAAAUAUAAUAUAAAUUUGGAUUUGCCAAAGCUUGUAGAUGAGGCGACGUACAAUAAGUUUAUGGAGGAUUUUGAAGAGGAAGACAGGAAGGCAGAGCAGGAACGAAAAGACAAAGAAAUAAAUGAAAAGAAUGACGAGAUUAAGGACUCUGAGGAACAGAAAACCGCUGGAGAUCAAGAAUCCUCGAAGUCUCUGAAUGAUUUGAAAACAAACGAGCUGUCAGGGAAAGAUUCUUCGCCGUCUGACCAAGUUAGCCAGGAUAAGGAAGAAUCCAAGAACGAAGCGGAUAGCGUAAAAGAAUUGGAUACCGAGAGAGGGGCAAAAGAUUUACUUGGUGAUAAUCAUGAUUCGGAAAAUGGAAAGUCAACGACGUGGUCCUACAAUGAUACAAAACAAUUGUUUGAGUUGUGCCUGGCCUUUGAUCUUAAAUGGCCUAUUGUGUAUGACAGAUUCGUUUCAUCAAUUGCUCGAACUCUGGAAGACUUGAAAGGACAUUACUACAGGCUCUGUGCUAGGAUAUUGGAAUCUCAGCCUAACUACAAUGCCUCCUUAGUGGAAUCUCUCAAGAGUUAUUCAGUCUCUAAGGACAAAGAGAGGAAGCAAUAUUUAGAACGUCUUUUGAAGCGCACCCCAGCUGAGAUUGCUGAAGAAGAAUCUUUAGUAAUUGAAGCUCGACGCUUUGAGCUUGCUGCAAAGAAAAUGUUGAUGGAGCGCUCUCACUUAUUGACCUUGCUUGAUUCUCCUCAGUCGUCACAAUCAAUCCAACAAUAUCAGUCGUCACAAGGAUUGACAAACUUGUAUAAUAACUUGAUGAUAAUAGAUAAACAUCAGAAAAAGAGGCAACUCCAGCAACUUCAUAAAUCCACAGUUAAUGAUCCUGUUCCCCCUCCGAUACCCAUAGCAGCAUCUUCUUCCUUCAAAAAGGAACGCAAUUUUCAUACGCCUCUUCAACAGCAUCUUGCGAGUGUUUUGAAGAACGGCCAGGUUCCAUCUGUAAAACUGGAACCAAAUGCAAUACAGCAGAUGUUAAUGAAGAGACUUACGGUCAAAGAGGAAGAAGCUUACGGUUUACAUUACCAUGUCAAUGAAAAAAUGACUCCUGGAGUUGUUUUGAGAUCUACACAAAAAUUGCCAGCGCUCCAACAGCGUCUGUCUGUGCUUAAGUCACUAAAUAAUGUAUUACAAGAACUUGAUAUCCCGAAGGCUGGUGGUAAUACUUGGAGACCUGUAAUGCCAACAAGGAAGACUAUGUCUAAAUAUGAUGAGCUAUUGCGGUCGGUUGUGACUUUGCUAGAUAUUAAAAGAGGAAAAGAUAGAUUGGAAUCGGAAAUACAACUAAUCAAAAGUCAAAGAGGGUUACAGUAG